GGCGUCAAUCGUAGCCGACCACCACGCCGUGGCAAGCGAACCAUCAAAUAACGCUACUGAGGGAUCUGCUCCUUGUUCAACCUGAAGCUAUCCCUCUCUGACGCCGGACAGUAUGCCGUUCGCCAAGCCUCUUCCUGAGGCCAUCUCGGCAUUUCUAGACAAAGUCUCGUCCGCAGCGCUUCCGGCGGCUUCGACAGCUGCCACUAUGCAGCUGCGAAUCCAGCGCAUUCGUCGUACGGCAUUGGGUGUCGCGCUUGCUGGAGGUGCAAUCUACUAUAUGCGUCGUCAAAAGCAGCGUGCUUCUAUACGCGCCCUGGGUAAACCUGUAGAAGACGACGAAACAGCCACAAUGAAGAUCGACAAGAAUAAGAUCAAAGUAGCAGUUGAUAAACGGUUUCUGAGACAAUUGAAGUACAUUUGGGCUAUUUGCGUGCCAAACUGGAGGUCGAAAACCGUGAUGAUUCUGGUUCUGCAUACCACGUUUUUGAUCCUGCGAACAUACUUAUCAGUUAUCGUCGCGAGGUUGGAUGGACGGUUGGUGAGAGAUUUGGUGGCAGCUGAUGCAAAAUCAUUUGGAAAGGGCUUGCUAUACUGGUUUGCCGUUGCUAUUCCUGCAACCUACACGAAUAGCAUGAUUCGCUACUUACAGUCAAAGCUUUCGAUUGCAUUACGGACCAGCCUUACCCGUCACGUGCACGACCUUUACAUGGAGAACAACACAUAUUACAAAGCUAUUAACUUGGACAACCGCAUUGAUGGUGCCGAUCAACUUAUUACGACUGACAUCAACCGAUUCUGUACCGCGCUUGCGUCGCUGUACUCCAACUUGGGCAAGCCUAUACUCGAUAUGAUUAUCUUCAACUACCAGCUCGCACGUAGCAUCGGAACAUCCGGAAUGUGGGGGUUGACUGUCAAUUACUUCAUUACCGCCAGUAUUCUCAGAGCUGUAACCCCGUCCUUCGGAAAAUUGGCUGCAGUUGAGGCAAAGCUUGAGGGAGACUUCCGUUCGGCCCAUUCGCGCCUCAUCACCAACGCGGAAGAAAUUGCCUUUUAUCAUGGCGCCCAUUUAGAAAAAUCUAUCUUGACCCGCACCUACUACCGCCUGAUUAAGCACAUCAACCACAUUUAUCGUAUUAGGAUCGCAUACAACAUGUUCGAGGACUUUAUCAUCAAAUACACUUGGUCGGCGGCAGGAUUGCUCAUUGCCAGUAUUCCGGUGUUUUACCCAGAGUUUGCUGGCGCCCGGUCGCGACGUGAAGAGGCAAGAUUAGCUCAAUUACAGGCAUCUGAUCCCGCGAAUGCUCUUUCUCAGUUGGACAGAAAGACGGGAAGUAGAACACAGGGUUUCAUUACCAACAAACGAUUGAUGGUGUCUCUUGCUGAUGCUGGUGGUCGUAUCAUGUACUCAUACAAGGAAUUGAACGAACUGGCCGGUUACACUUACCGAGUUUACAACAUGUUACGCGUCCUGCAAGAUCUCCACGACGAUCGAUUUGUUGACACUGGGAACACCGGUGCGGAGUACUCUUUGGAAUCAAUUGCAGGCAAAUUGGAAUAUGACUUUGAUGGUAUCAAAUUUGACAAAACACCCAUCGUGACUCCGAAUGGCGACACCGUCCUCAUCCGUGACCUGUCCUUUGGAAUUGGUCCUGGCGAGCAUCUUAUGGUGACCGGCCCCAACGGAGCUGGCAAAACGUCGAUCCUUCGUACCCUUGCAGGACUUUGGCCUAUUUUCAGAGGCAAAAUCUCGCGGCCUGCGCCCGGAUUGGAUUCAAUCCUCUACAUUCCUCAGCGCCCGUACUUGGCAAUUGGUUCCUUGCGUGAGCAAGUCAUUUACCCUCACACUGUGAAGCAAAUGAAGCAGGCUGGAAAGACGGAUGCGGAUUUGGCCGAGAUUCUGAAGAAGGUGUAUUUGGAAUAUAUUCCAGCAAGAGAAGGCGGAUGGGACGCCGUCAAGGAGUGGAAGGACGUGUUCUCCGGAGGUGAAAAACAACGCAUGCAAUUAGCACGUCUGUUUUACCACCAUCCUCGGUUCGCCGUGUUGGACGAAGCCACCUCUGCUGUCUCGACUGAUGUGGAAGCACUUCUCUACUCUACUGCAAAGGACGAAGGGAUCACCGUCGUGACGAUAUCUCACCGCCCAAGUCUCUUCAAGUACCACAACUAUCUCCUUCGAGUCGGUGAAGGAGAAAGUGGCGAUGCAUGGGAGAUGGAACGAAUUGGUAGCGGCCAUGGAUUCAUGGACUCUGUUGAGAGCGAGAUUCGCAAAUUGGAGGACCGGUUAGGCGAUAUUGGGCGGUUGAGGAGCCGGUUAGCAGACAUCAACAAAGAGUUGAGUUUGGAGGUUGCACCAACCGGGGAUAAAGAUCUAAAGCAUGCUAAACGGACUUUGAUUUGAAUGUGAUUGUGAGAUUGUCUGUAUGCAUGUAUGAUUUGCCAAUAGUGGUAAUUGGUCAUGUAUCUUUGGGGGAAAUGGUAUCCUUUUCUGUAAUAUGCAGGUGUGAAGUAUGUCGACAUGGUAGUUUUUUUCUUUUGUGAUGAUGGGCUACGACAUUUUCAGUAGGAUUUUAAAAGAUGAUUCGUCAUACAAGUUUCAUGAUUUCAUCUUGAUGAGAUCCUGCUUUUGCCUCCCCCACAAGGCUGAGCCUUGGGCUGGAGUUUGUCCCACCC